AUGAACCGAGUUCUCAUCCGGGUACUUCCCAUUUUGGUAUUUCUGCUCUUCCAUGUCUCAAAUUCAGAAAAUGAACAAGUGAAGCAAUCCCUGUCCGUCGAGAAAGUAGUUCUCGACAAGUUAAAUCUCUCCAGAGUUGUCGAUUUUGGUUCAAUUUGCAAGGCAAGUUCCCUUUCCGUACUCAGCCUCGUCAAGAACGAUGUUGUUGGAUUGAUAUCAGAAGAGAUAGGGAAUUGCAAACCUUUGGCUCAUCUAUAUUUAAAUGGUAACCAAUUAUCAGGUCACCUUCCAUAUUCUCUGACACAGUUGAGUAACUUGAAAAAGUUUGAUAUAUCCAACAGUAACUUCUCCGGCAAGGUUUCCUAUAUGCCCCGAAUUUUGAGGUUACUUACUUUGCUUGUUCAUAAUAAUCUACAUAGUGGAGAGACACCAAAGCUUGAUUUUUCCAAUCUGAUACUGUUCAAUGUAUCUAACAACAACUUCAGCGGUCCACUUCCUGAUGUAAAAGGCCGGUUCUCUGGUAACAGUUGGUCAGGUAAUCCACAACUGUGUAGAGAAUUAAUCUCAAAGGCAUACCCACCAUCCAAGGCAUCUCGACGCCCUCGUCCAACUUAUAUGGGGAAACUCGGUCUAUGA